AUGGGGGGCUCAGAGAUGCCAAAUGGACUCAAUGUCAAUGGAUAUGGGCACAACUACGACUAUCCACCAUCACACGUCGACGGCCCAUACAAGAUUCUUGACCAAUACCAUUCCAAGCCAGCUAAGCUACGAGUCGCGUGCGUCGGUGCCGGUGCAUCGGGCCUUUGCUUAGCAUACAAGAUGGAGAAGAUGCUGGAGCCAGGGUCCUGGGAGUUGACGUUGUAUGAGAAGAACCCGCACUUUGGGGGUACUUGGUACGAGAAUACCUAUCCAGGGGUGGCUUGCGACAUACCUUCGCACGACUACAACUUUACUUGGGACCCCAAGCCAGACUGGUCAACUUUCUUCGCAUCGGGCAAGGAGAUUCAAGGCUAUUUUGAAGAUUUUGCGGAAAGACAUGGGAGCAAGAAGUAUAUGCAGAUGAAUAGUAGAAUUGAGGAGGCGGUCUGGAAUGAUGCGGAUGGCUGCUACAGUAUAACCAUCAGAAAUCCAAGGACUGGCUCGAUGAGGAAAGAUUGGGCGCAUGUGUUAGUCAAUGGCUCAGGCAUUCUCAACAACUGGAAAUGGCCAGACAUCGAGGGCCUGCACGACUUCAAGGGCCCCUUACUACACUCAGCAUCCUGGGACCACAGCGUCGAUUUCAACAACAUCACCGCAGCCGUCAUCGGCGUCGGUUCUACCAGUGUACAAAUUGUUCCUUCUCUACAAAAGAUUGUCAAACAGCUUGAGGUCUUCAUCAGAAGCCCCACAUGGAUAUCGCCGCCAUUCGGUGCCGGUGCGCUCAACGACGAUCUGCAGAAGGGUCAAGAUGUUGACCCAGGUCAGCGGCAAUACACUUUUACGGAAGCAGAUAUCAAGAAGUUCAAGGAAGACCCCGAAUACCACCUGGAAUUUCGUAAGAAGAUCGAAGCCGAAAUCAACAGUCUAUUCGGUAUGUACCAACAGAAUUCAGCAUUGCAGAAUCAGUUCCAGGACGUUAUCACUAAGGAGAUGCACCGUCGCAUGGGUCCCGGCCACGAGAAGCUCAAAGAGUCCAUCAUACCCAAAUGGUCGGUCGGAUGUCGACGGAUUUCACCUGGCGAUGGCUUUCUGGAAGCACUAGUACAAGACAACGUUACACCGGUCUUUAGUGGCAUCGAACGCAUUGUACCAGAAGGAAUCAAGACCGUCGACGGGAAGAUCCAUAAGCUGGACGCCAUCGUAUGUGCCACAGGUUUUCAAGUCGCUUUCAAACCAGCCUUCAAAGUUGUCAACGGUUCCAACACAUCUAUCCAGGAGGAUUGGGCUAAUGGCCCUAAUCUUUACAUGGGUGUUUCUGCGCCGCGUUUCCCCAACUACUAUACCAUCGUUGGACCCGGCGCAACUUGGAGCAAUGGUACGUUGAUACCAAGUAUCGAAACGACCAUAGAGUACAGCAUCAAGUGCAUGAAGAAGAUGCAGACAGAGGGUAUCAAGGCGAUGAGUGUAAAGCAAGAUGCGUUAGAUGAGAUUUACGCGCAUUUCGAUGAGUUUCACAAGACUACGGUGUGGCAGGAGGCGUGUAGGAGUUGGUUCAAAGACGGCCAGAUCAAGAAUAGGAUCUACCUUUGGCCUGGUGCGACGAUACACUUCCUCAAGUCGAUCAAGACACCACGCUGGGAGGACUACGAUUACGUAUACAGAUACAAGAACCGGUUCGCGUUUCUGGGCAAUGGAGACGUGAAGGCAACGGCGGCUAGAGAUGUGCAGGGCUUGAGCCCGUACAUUCGGAACUGGGACCACGAAUGGGAUAUUGAAUAG